CCCAGCAAUUAAUCAAAAGCCUGUUACUGAGUCCAUGGGAAUGUCUGAAAACAAUCGCUUUGAGCCCACAUCGAAUCCAGAAUUGACAGCUGGACAGAAAAUUACACCUGAUCAAGCUGGUACAUUGCCAGAUGAAAAGCUUACACUCAAUCAUAAUACAGCAACAUUCAACCAGGAGUCUGUAACUGAGUCCAUGAAAAAGUCUGAUGGAAAUCCUUUACUUGAGACUGAAGAACACUCAACACUUGGUCAGAAAAAGACGCCUGAUCAGGUUAAUACAUGGCAGGAUCAAAAGUUCAAACCUGACCAGGAAAUCCAUACAAUCCUCAGAAUACCAGAAAGUGAGGAGAUGGAAAAAAAUGAAAAAAGUCCCACAUUCAAGCCUACAUCUAAUCGAGAGUCAACACCGGGAAGAAAAAUCACACCUGAACGAGUUAAUACUCGACUGGAUCAGAAGUUAAAACCCAGCGUGAAAAACCCUAAAAUUAACCAAAGACCUAAGCCGGGCCAAGGGCUGAAGCCAAACCAAAAGCUCUCAAAGUCUGCGACAGACUUAAAGACUAAACCAAAUGUCAGCCGUAAAACUGACCAACCACCCCAAACCAAUCAGCAACUUAAAACACCCAGGCCUAAUUUGAAUCCCAAGCCUCGGCCUGAUGAGGUCUCCAGAGCAGUAUCUAACAAAACAUCUAAACACCCUCUUCCAAACAGAUUGCCAAUUAGACCUAGAGUCAAGCCAGAGGCAACACCUGUUCAAAGGCCAAAACCAGAACAAUCAGAACCAAUUUCAAAGACUGAAUUGGACCCAGAUCUUCCUGCUGUCAGCUGGACUACUGCAGAUGGCAUCCAAAACUCUCAAACUGGCAUGCCACCUGCAGCUGGCCCUGGAAAAGAGAUUGCUGAAGUGAGUCAUUCCUCGAAGGGUACAGAGCUCAACCCCAGCAUGAGGAAAGUUGUAACUCUGGAUCCAAAAACUGCCAAGAGCCUGGAAACUGGACCCUUUCCUAACCUUCACACUCUCCAUGAAGACUUUACAGUGAGCCUCAACAGCAGGACUAUGUCUAAUCUGAAGACACAAACAACCAGUCAGCCACCAUCACCCCCAACCACAACAAGACCAGUUAAAAGCAUGCACAGGAUGCCCCCAAGCGACGUCUCUAGCAGUGAUCAAGGUUUCACAAAGCCGUAUCUAAUUCUCAAAUCCGACUCCAGCUCACAGGCUAACACACUCCAAAAUGUGGAGGAGCCGGCAUCUACAAUCCCCUCCCCCAGUUCCCAAAUAACCUCCACCCCCAGUCCUAACUACAGGUCAACAACCUCUCCCACCUCUGGCCUCAAGCCCUCGGGUGCAGACUCAUCCACUCCCAGCGCACGUGAACUACGAGUGAAAAUCAACCAGGUGGCUGCUUUCCUCAACAAUAGCCUGAGUCCAAAUGGGAGACAACCAGUCAGACAUCCAAAACCACACCCUGAGGAUACUCAGUGGGGCAGCCGGCCUGACAGAGCAGACACGCCGUCACUGACACCUUCUAAAGUUUCCACUGUGGUGAGAGACUGCUCGGACCACCUGCUCAGAGGAGUCACUGAAAGCGGAGUGUACCUGGUGACCCCUGACCUCCGCAGCAGGAGCUUCCCGGUGUUUUGCGACAUGGAGCGGGAGGGCGGCGGCUGGACCGUGCUGCAGCGCCGCCUGGACGGCAGCGUCAGCUUCAACCGCUCCUGGGCGGAGUACCAGGCCGGGUUCGGGGAGCUGCGCGGCGGGGAGUUCUGGCUGGGCAACAGCCUGAUCCACCUGCUGACCCGGGAGCGCGACAUGACGCUGCGCGUGGAGCUGCAGGACUUCGACGGGGUGGAGGAGCACGCGCAGUACGCGCAGUUCCGGGUGGCGAGCGAGCGGCUGCGCUACAGGCUGACGGUGGGCGGGUACUCCGGCACGGCGGGCGACGCUCUGCGCUUCAACAAGCAGUACGACCACAACAACAGGGCGUUCACGACCCCGGACCGGGACAACGACCGCUACCCGUCCGGGAACUGCGGGGCCUACUACAGCUCCGGCUGGUGGUUUGACGCCUGCAUGGCCGCCAACCUCAACGGGAGAUACUACGAGGGAAGCUACAAGGGCGUCCGGGACGGCAUUUUCUGGGGCACGUGGCACAACAUCUCCAUGGAGUAUUACCCCACGAAUGACAGGCAGUCGUUUAAAACAGUCAGGAUGAUGAUAAGACCUACGGGAUUUGUUGCACCAUGAGCUUUGACUGUAAAAACAAAAACAAAAACAAACAAAAAAAUAAUUAAAAAAAACCAAAAAGCACCAGGGUUCUGAAAGCUAUAAGCUAUAAUGCUCAUUGCAAGUGAAAUAAAAUGUCAUUGUAUUAUGCACACCGUUAUUAUGCGCUGUUGACACAAUGCUGCCGCCUUGUGGUAUUUCUAUCACUUUAAAUACUGUUUCUUCACAGGAUGAGGAGACAUGAACUGAGGAUGUACAUACUGGAAACAAAAAAUCAUAUUCCUGACUCUUUGUGUCCUUUAAAAGUGUUUUUAAGUGAGAAGUUUGUGAAAGAGAUAUUUUUCUAUCAAUGAAGGGAGAGUGAAUCUGCAGUGGCAGGGAUGUUUUUUAUCACAGUGCUGGAAGACCAGUUGAUAGUUAAUACAAACUAU